ACCCGUCCCGGCGCAUCUUCUGCGCUCCUCGUCGGUUUUGCGCUGCGAACGAGCAGCAUGUCAGCUGGACUCCAGGAGCUUCCCCUCAUUUGACAUGGAGGAAUGAAGGGCCACAGCAUGGAGCUGAAAGUGUGGGUGGAUGGUGUCCAGCGUGUCGUCUGUGGGGUCACUGAGGCCACAACCUGCCAAGAGGUGGUGAUAGCCCUCGCUCAAGCCAUAGGCCGCACUGGGAGGUACACCCUGACAGAGAAGUGGCAGGGGACCGAGCGGCCCCUAGCUCCCUUUGAGAGUCCAGUGAUCUCACUAAAUCGGUGGGGCCAACAUGCCGGCGACGUGCAACUCAUCCUUCAUCAUACAGGAUCUUCACCGAGUGAGCGCCUUGUUUCUGAUGGCCGCGUGCGCAUCCCUGAGCGCACCCUGUAUCGCCAGAGCCUCCCACCCUUGGCAAAGCUCCAUCCCCUUGGAGACCGUUCCCUUAGGCGCAAGGAGCCGAAGCGCAAGUCACUCACCCUCACCGGCGGGGCCAAGAGCUUUCUGGAUAUCUUCGGGAGGCCACGGGAACUAGAGGCCAAACAUCGAGCCCUACACCACAGUAACAGCAUUGCCGCAGUGCCCGGGGUGAGGGCAGGUCCAGCCGGUGAACUGGCCCAUCUGGUGCAGCUGCAGAAGGAAAAGCUCCAACUCCUGGAGCGGAGGAUCGGGGGCUGUGAAACGGAGCUACGUGCCUGGGCAGCACGUGGUGCCGGAGUCACCACCGGGGUAGGUGGGGCGGUCAGGUUGCAGGAAGAGAUCCGGAUCUUGGAGCAGAAGGUGCGGAGGAACGAUGCAGAGAUCGAUGAGGAGGAGUUCUGGGAGAACGAGCUGCAGAUCGAGCAAGAAAACGAGAGACAGCUGAAGGAGCAGCUACAGGAUCUGUUGCGUCGGAUCUAUGACUGCGAGGCAAAGCUGAGCGGCUAUUUUACCCACAUCCAAAGCAUGGAGGCCGGCAUGGAGGUGGAGCGAAUGCAACAGGAGACGCAGGAAGUGCAAAGGGUGAAAGAGGAAGAGGUUCAUGCCAGGGUGCUGAAGUUGAAGACAGAACUGGAUGCGCAGACCCAACAAAGUGCCAGACUGGAAUGCAGCUGCAGAGCCGUGGAGAGGUCACUGGGGCACUCCAGUCGGAGGUUACAGGAGAAGGAGGAGGAGCUGGAACAGCUGACCAAGGAGCUGCGGCAGGUCAACCUUCAACAGUUCAUCCAGCAGACAGGCACCAAGGUCACCGUGCUGCCGACUGAGGAGACUUCCAUCCACGUCCAGCUGGACACAGGGUUCCCCAGAUGUUGCCCCCCAGUCCGGCUCCCUGAAGUGUCCGGCGACCUCCCGACAGCUGCCUGGGAACCUGCGACAUCCACAGAGCCCCCCGCUGCUCGGCUUCAAUCCAGAGGGCAUCUACGUCUGAGACACUGAGCACUGAAGUCCUGCAGCAGCAACACUAUGAGCUCCCCGUUCUUCUGAAGAAUGAAAAGUCGCUCCUGUGGCCACACAGAGGUGCAGCACAGACUGUCUGUCAGUCACAUAGAAGGAAUCUUAUUGGCUCAAAUUAGAGCAUAGAGCAUGUCUGGCAUGCUCCUCAAGUCUUAACUGACAGGCAUACUACCUGUGAUUUUCUUGCACUUAUUAAUUUCAUGGACUAACUUUCAAACACCUGCAGCGUGCGAGACCUUCUAGCUGAACUUAGAGCUUCUCCGCAAUGUCAAGCAUGCAGACCGGUCUCGCAGACCCAGUAUGCGGGUGACCGUGCGAUGAGCAACGGCAUUUUUGACCGGAUGGUGACAUGCUGGUGAAAUGCAGAGCAUCACGGUUAAGAGCCCUUGUACCCACGCGGUUGAAAUACUUUAACCUUCGUUUAGAAUUACUUUCAGUGCCAAAAGUCUAACAUUAAAAGCCAUGUGUAUUUUCUAAACCUGUCUGGCUGGUAGUAAAAAUUGCCAAUGAUAAAGAGUACUGUACUACUAUUAAUUACUUAGUUGAUGCUCUUAUCCAGAGCAAUGAACACAGCUGACCCCUUCAUACACCUGGGUAUUUUACUGGAAUAAUCAAACCUAAGUACAUUGCCCACGGGCAGUGCAGCAGCAGCAGUAGGAGGUGGGGUCUGAACCAAGAGCCUUCAGGUAACGCAGAAACGUAGACCCUGCGCACUAAUGGACUCAGACGCAGUUUGUUCAGUGCGCGCGAUGGUCGUUCGCUCCCAUUAAUGAGGGAAUUGCUUUAAAGGUGCAGCUUUUUUCCUCUUAAAAGCAGAACUUUGAAUUUACCAUCAUAUGGUAGUGAGAGUUACCAACAGCACUUUCCCUUACUGUAUUCUCACUCUAUGGCAAGUGGUGUGAUCCAGCGCGUGGACACACUCGGGAGUCGGCGUCACCUCUCAUGGCUACUCGUGGUCACAGGUCUGAGGUGCCAAACCACUUACGAUAAGCGGCCGUGCAUUUACAGAUGUUUAGUUUAGGGAUCUUGUGUUCAAUUUUUCAUUGUUAAAGUCAAGACCCAAAUAAUGAGGUUUGUAGAUACAGCGAAAUGUUACACUGUCCACUAUGCAUUUUCUCCAAAACAGGUGCAUCAUUUUUGACAGAGGUCUGUACCUGUAUCCUUUUUCACUGAAGCAAGCAGAUGUCACGUUCUAUUAUAUGCAAAUGUUUUCUUAAUAAGAUUGUGUGUUUUUUCCACUUAUGUACGAGUAGAACACAAAUAUUGCUGUUAUCUCAUGUUUUCCCUGUUAUUGAUUUCUACGGAGAGGGGGGUGUGGUGGCGCGGUGGAUUUGGCCUGUGCCUACGCUGUGCUGGGUCUGGGGUUCGAGUCCUGUUUGGGGUGCCUUGCGACAGACUGAUGUCUUGUCCUGGGUGUGUCCUCUCCAGCCUCACGCCCUGUGUUGCCGGGUUAGGCUCCGGUUUGCCACGACCCUACUCGCAACAAGUGGCUUGAGACAGCGUAUGUGUGUUUUUUACCGUUUUAUUUACAAAUGACAAAUACUUUGUAUGUAUUUUCCUGGCCCCACACCCCUGCUC